AUGGCUACAGGCUACAGCCAUGGCCUAGCUACAAGAAAGGCCCACAAUGUGUCUGCAGGAACAAACAAGGCUUUUCCACUGGGGAUAACAGACAUAUGUUGGUACAAUCAACACGUUCCAUGUUCCUCGUUAAUGGCUAUCAACAAGGAAGACUGA